AAGAACUUAAGAACAAUGGCAAAGGCUUUGGCUAACUCUGCUAAGAUGGCUGUUGCUUUCGUCUUCCUCUUCGCCCUCAUGCUUUCCACGAACGAGAAGCUCGGGGUGGUGGAGGCAAAGGUGUGCGAGAGGCGGAGCAAGACGUGGUCGGGGUGGUGCGGGAACACGAGCCAUUGCGAUCGACAAUGCAAGAAUUGGGAAGGUGCCAAACAUGGAGCUUGCCAUGCUCAAUUUCCUGGAAGGGCUUGUUUUUGCUACUUCAACUGUUGAAGACCUUAUGAUUAUCUUCAUAUCAUCACCCUUCUAAGAAUAAAAGCUUGGUUACUUACUUACUACGUGUGUUUGAAACGAUCUAUGUGUACGUUUUUAACUACGAACCAUAUUGUCGUAUGCAAUAAAUAUAAUGUUGUUUCUUCUUCUC